AUGGAGCUGGAGGUGCUGGAGGUACUGGAGCUGCUGGUGCUGGAGGUACUAGAGCUGGAGGUGCUUAAGGUACUAGAGCUGCUGGUACUGGAGGUACUGGAGCUGCUGGUGCUGGAGGUACUGGAGCUGCUGGUGCUGGAGGUGUUGGAGGUGCUAGAGGUACUGGCACUGCUGGUGCUGGAGGUGCUAGAGCUGGAGGUGCUGGAGGUGCUAGAGCUGGAGCUGGAGGUACUGGAGGUGCUGGAGCUGGUGGUACUAGAGGUGCUGGAGCUGGAGGUGUUGGGGGUGCUGGAGCUGCUAUCGCGUGUUGCCCUGCCGUCUCCUCCGGCGUCGUCUCUUCCUGACGUUCCUGGCCCUGAGUCCGGCCUUGCUCGCGUUGCUCAUCCCACUGUCACUCGUCUCCUUGCAACUAUUGUCACUAACCCUUCCUUUGAGUCUACUGCUGCAUCUGCCCUAGUCACUGAGCUUGUCGACUUUGCUGCGAUCCGCCGUCUUGACUACAUCGCGAGUCUUAUUACUGAGUCUGAGUCUGUCUGUCCUCCGUCCGUCGAGGGUGAGCUUGCCCUUGGCUGUGACGUCCUUGAGGACAGGCAAUUUGAGCUCGAGUGUCUCGCGGCCGUUAUACCCUGUUUCGCGUCCAUGCUGCUUUGCCCUGAGGGAGACCCGGAUGCACUAGACAUCCCAACCACGCGCACUCACGCAGAGGCGAUCACGGGUGAGUACUCCUCUCGGUGGCAGAUAGCCAUGGACGCAGAGAUGGCGUCUUGGAAGUCCACAGGCACCUACGUUGACGAGGUUCCCCCUCUUGGGGCGAACAUAGUCGAUGACAUGUGGAUUUUCAUAGUGAAGCGGCCGCCGGGUUUUCCACCUGUCUUUAAGGCAUGUUACGUUGCUCAAGGUUUCAGUCAGCGACAGGGAGUCGACUUAUUCCAGACCUUCUCCCCCACCCCGAAGAUGACUACUCUUCGGGUGAUACUGCACGUUGCAGCACAGCGUGACUACAAGCUGCACUCCCUCGACUUCUCCACAACUUUCUUGCACAACGAUCUGGCUGUGCCGCCCACCUGGCUUCACUGCUGUGAGGGCGAGAUAUACGCUGAGGCCAUGGCUGCACAGGAGCUACGCUGGCUGACCUACCUGCUGACCGACUUGGGUGAGCAGCCUCGUUCUCCUCUAGUUCUGUACGUCGACAACAAGGCCAUGAUUGCCUUGUGUUAG